UCUCCGGUCGUCGUGGCAAUCUGGAAGGGUCGUGACGAAGGCUUGCCCGUACUCGUCUUGAAUAGUCACUACGAUGUGGUGCCGGCCGAUACGUCUGCGUGGACCGUGCCACCCUUUGCAGGGUUACAGCGGGACGGCAACAUAUACGGACGAGGCACACAGGAUAUGAAGUGUGUUUGUAUUCAGUACGUGGAAGCCAUACGACGCAUUCAUCGGCUGGAUCCAACCUGGCAGCCUGAACGGAGUAUCUACUUAACCUUUGUACCGGAUGAAGAGGUGGGAGGCUUUGGAAUGGCCGCAUUUUUGGAAUCCGAAACCUACCGCAGCCUUCCCGGUAUCGCAUUGGCAUUGGACGAAGGCUUGGCCUCCACGACCGACACGUAUUCCGUAUUUUACGGGGAACGCUUGCCUUGGUGGGUUGAUGUGACGGCACACGGUCCGACCGGCCACGGUUCCCGCUUUAUCGAAAAUACCGCAGUCGAACAGCUGGUGGAACUCGCCAACAAGGCCUUGGCCUUUCGAGAUGGCCAGCGAGCGCAACUGGGAUUGGACGAGCACGUCAAUUGCGCACACGCAGUCGCGGCGAAAACGUUGGGCGACGUGACCUCCCUCAAUAUUACCACUCUUCAGGCGGGUGUCAGGGUCGGGGAGACGUUUGCCUACAACUGUGUCCCACCCAAAGCGCAAUGCAGUUUGGAUAUUCGCAUUUCGCCGCACGUGGAACCCUCAGAGAUUGGAGAAAUGCUGGAUCAAUGGUGCCGGGAGUGCAGUAAGGACGAAAAGAACAAGGUUGAAUGGUCCUUUCUUGGCAACGGCAACGAUAUGAAGAAGCAUUCCGUAACCUCGACCGACCCAAAUCAGAACCCCUGGUAUGCUGUCUUUUCGAAAGCCAUGGCGGACAUGAAUCUCAAGUUUGAACCGCAAGUAUUUCCUGCGGCCACCGAUUCACGCUUUCUGAGAGCACUGGGUAUUCGAGCUUUGGGGUUUUCACCCAUGAAACAAACCGAAAUCAUGCUCCACGAAAAUGACGAGUACAUUCCCGAGUCAAUCUUUUUGGAAGGAAUUGACGUUUACGUGGGUUUGAUUCGAAGUCUAGGCGGAAUAGGCAAAGAUGUUGAUGCAUAA